CCGACAGAAGACUCUCUCUCUCUCUCUCUCUCUCUCCCCCCCCUCUCUCUCUUUCUCUCUCUAUCUGUCUCUCUGUCUCUUUGUGGAGGAGGGAAGCGAGCACAUCUCUGAUAUAUGUCAUAAGACAGUCAUCACCGCUCCACCUGAGCUCCGCUCAACUUACUUUGAAGGCGGACUUUUUUUUUUUUUGAUUCCUUCCUCUCGCCGCUGAAGUUUUCUCAGAGCCAGAUCUCUUUCAGGAUAUCAAGAAGCGGGCUGCUUUCCAAUUCAUUAAAAGCUCACACAAAUAGGUGUGUCCUCCUUUCCUUCCCCCGGGGUUCCUCGCCAUCGAGAGGAUAACCACCACCGUCACCGUCUCCAGGAUGAGGCACGUGUCUCCCCGCUGGCUUCGGGGCGUGACCCUGCUGCUGCUGCUCCAGGCGACCGCUUCCAUGGGGAUGCUUCGCAACUCCACGGGCUUCCAGCAGAUUCUGGAGAAGUAUAUGGACGAGGAGGGGGACUCGCGGGGGGCCAAGCACAGGGGGAAGAGGGCCAUCACCGACGGGGACGCUCAGCUCAUCCUGGACCUUCACAACAAGCUCAGGGGCCAGGUUUACCCUCCGUCUUCCAACAUGGAGUACAUGGUGUGGGACACGGAGUUGGAGCGCACGGCAGAGGAGUGGGCAGAAACCUGCCUGUGGGAGCACGGUCCUGCCAGUUUACUGCCACAGAUUGGACAGAACCUGGGAGCACACUGGGGGAGGCAUCGCCCACCCACGUUCCAUGUGCAGGCUUGGUAUGAUGAGGUGAAAGACUACUCCUUCCCUUACCCUCAGGAGUGUGACCCCUAUUGCCCCUUCAGAUGCUCCGGCCCAGUUUGUACUCAUUAUACACAGCUGGUUUGGGCCACCAGCAGUCGGAUUGGCUGUGCCAUCAACACGUGUUACAACAUGAAUGUGUGGGGACAAAUUUGGGCCAAGGCCGUCUAUCUUGUCUGCAACUACUCACCAAAGGGAAACUGGUGGGGGCAUUCGCCUUACAAACAUGGGACCCCGUGCUCUGCCUGCCCUCCCAGCUACGGAGGAGGCUGCAAAGACAACCUCUGCUACAAAGAUGACGGCUCUAGCCCUCCAAAAGAGGAAACAGAAGAAAACAAUUUCAUUGAGCUGGAGGCCCCCCAUACGCCACAGAAGCCCCGGUCGAGGGCCUCCAAACCAGAGCCUCCCAGUCUCCCCGCUGCAGCCCCCACCAAGCCCCCCACACGAGACCUGCAGAGGAAUGAAGUGGUCAACACACAGCAGAUGUCUCAGAUCGUGACCUGUGACACUAAGCUCCGAGAUCAGUGCAAAGGAACACCGUGUAAUCGAUAUGAGUGUCCGGCUGGGUGCCUGGAUGCUAAAGGAAAAGUAGUUGGGACAGUAUACUAUGAAAUGCAAUCCAGUGUGUGCAGAGCUGGUCUACAUGCUGGUGUCAUAGAUAAUGACGGAGGAUGGAUGGACGUAACGCGACAAGGCAGAAAGGACUUUUUCAUUAAAUCCAACAAGAACGGAGUUCAAUCUCUUGGAAAAUAUCUGAGUGCUAAUUCAUUCACAGUUUCCAGAGUAACAGUCAAAGCCAUCACAUGUGAAACCACAGUUGCACAGAUGUGUUCAUACCAAAAGCCUACAAAACAUUGUCCGAGGUUAUACUGCCCGAGAAACUGUUUACAAGAGAAUCCUCACAUAUCCAGAGUAAUCGGCACCAGAAUUUACUCCGACAAAUCCAGCAUAUGCCGAGCAGCCGUCCACGCUGGCGUCGUCAGGAACGAUGUGGGUGGCUACAUCGAUGUGAUGCCAGUGGACAAGCGGAAACACUACAUUGCCUCAUACCAAAAUGGAAUUUUCUCAGAGAACCUUCAAAACCCUCCCGGAGGAAAGGCGUUCCGGGUGUUCGCCGUGAUUUGAGUGCCCCCGGAGGGCGGCUUCUCCAAACUGAAAGCACACUUGGGCCGUUGAAUAGGCGGGCAAUCGAGCCCCGUUGUCAAACUGAACGACUGAAACCUUUCUGGCUACGCUACAUUCUAGGGGUUAAGGGUCGUCUCCAUGACGGCGUACACACAGCAACAAAAACUUGACACAUUCACAAUGAGAAACUGUCAGUAUUCACUCGCACUGAGUGUACAAUUUGUCAUCUUCAGCUGGACAUUUAUAUGGGAAAUCUUUCUAAAAAUGUUUGUAUAUAGAAUCACAUUUGUGUUUUUAUGCCAUUAAAUCUGAUUCUAGAAGUCGAUAUAACGUUAUAAUGGCACUUAAGGAUGAAUCCAUUGUAUUGGCACAUUUUUACUAGUGCUAUGGCAAGGUUUAUUUGUCAUAUUUUUUACUUUUUAAAUGAUUGGGAAAUAAAUUGUUAUGCAUUUAUUUUUAUAUGAUUAUUCUCUAUAUCAAUAUGAUUCAUAAAGGAUGCUGCUAUAGGUUUUUUAUUUUUUUUUAUUUGUGGUUGUGAUUGUCAUUGUGAUGGGUUUUGUUUCUUUGGUUAUUUUUCCCGAUGAAGUGGUUUAAUUAAAACUCCCUGCAGGUCGGGAAGUAAACUCAUCCCUCCUCUGCUAGGCUUCAUCGUGCAUCGCAUUAUACUGGAUGUUGUCACCCUGUAUUGUUUUCAGGUCAUAUCCAUCCAUCUCUAUUUGAGACAACAACAGCUGUAAUUCAAACUGGAUGUUGAAGAAUCAGAUGUAUUUCUUACCAGGUCUGAGCUCUCUUAAGCUACGAUCAAUAUAAUGGUCAAUUCAUUGUCUUUUUGUCAAUGUAUGCAUCUACAUAUUUUCCUACCUCAAGUUGUAGGGAAAGUCCAUUUUGCAAUAAAAUAUUAAAA